AUGAACCUCCACUGAAGAAGCCUAGUGAACUUGUCUCCAGUCCUCGCUGGAUGCAGGUACAAGUGGACCAGGCAGUUAUUCUGUGAAGGCGGUGUUAGAAGAUUCUAGCAGCCGUACAAAUAAUUGCUAACUUGGACCUGUGUCACGAUCCGAUUUUGUUUUCGAACCGGCUUCAAAUUCUCACAGCGCACAGGCGCAGGGGUCAACAGGUCGUGUACGCCAUUUUUCAUUUAGCUUCGACUGUUGUGAUGUCAUUGUUGCUGCUGACGUCAUCGACAAAAGGUCGAGAUGAGCGCAGUCAUCAAUCCCGCUAUCCCCUGGCACCCACCAAGAAAGCGGAAAACUCCACAACAACAAGUAACCUGCUGAGCGACAUCCACAAAGUCAACAAAAAGCGUCAAUCAAGGGAAGUAGAGGUCAAUGAAGAUGACGAGCAGAAUGCUUUCCAGGUGGUUAGCACGCCUCUGAUCAAAAGGACCUGCAGGAGACGGGAGAGGGAUGGUUUGGAUCCAGAGGGCGUCUCAGACCGGAAGAGGACAGCGGGCGCGAAAGAGGAGCAACCGGAUCGGAAACGCUGUUACAGAGCAAAACUGUUUGUCCAUUUCAAUGGACAAUGGAUGCAGUUCCCUCACCGGAGGUUGUUGCCGACGGUGACGUUUCCGGGACGGAUGACAUGCCCUUCCUGAUACCCUCUGGCUGGUCCACUCCAGACCUUACUGAAGAGAAAGCUUUCACUCGCCGGGGGGUGGAUCCAGCCAAAUAUUUCAAGGUGAUGGAUCCGACAGGCAUCAAGUACGCUUGCUCCCGGUGCGGCGUCGUUUUCCCAGGUCUUCAUGAGCUUGACACCCAUUGGCUACGGAACCACGGACGUGCUGUUGCGAAUUGGACCACCUUAGGGAAGAUUUUCCCAGCACAUACCGCCUUUCUGAGGAUCAGACCUAUUUUGGAAGCGCAUCAGGCUUCUUUACGAAGUCAUCAUUUCGUCGACACGCAAAGGGACGUAAGAACCUGGUCCUCGGAAAAUAUCUCCUGCGGUUCUUUCGAAGCUGCGCAAUGUUCUGGAAUCUCAGGCCCAUGCACGUGGAAUUCUUUUGGCCGACCCUCCACUUUGUUCCCGGAAAUGUUGCUAGACAACCUCGAUCGGAGUUUAAGGGAAUCAAGAGCCUCGUUUGAUCCAGUCAACCCUCUGGACCUCAGCCAAAGCUGCCUACCUUUGGAGCCAUCUCACAAUGUCUUGACCUCUCUGCAAACGUGAUGGUGGAGCCGCUGGAUUUGACUCUUUGUACAUCCCCUGGCCAUGUCAGCACAGCUUUCGCUGUCGUCGCCAACGAGAAACCUGUCGUCACCAACGAGGAAUUUGUCGAGAAGAGAAGAUGGUGUCGUCAUCACCAUGACCGACAGCUCCGAGAUGAGGGACACGCGGUGCAUCGCCAUUGAGUCAGAUACAGUUUCCGAGGUGUCGUUGACAUCAGAACCUUGUUUUGGUCCAUCCACGAAGCUGGGAUGUCUCUUUCUAAACAAAGAACAUACAGAAGAAAACCCCCAUCUCAUUGGCUCCAAGACCACAGAC